UCCCCAAAAUAGAAACACAUUGUAAACAAGGACCAGCUGAGUUAGUGGUUAGUGAAGUGUUCGUCGGUUCAAGUCGUAACAGAUAAACAGAGACUACAGAUCUAUUCUAGAUCUAGAUUCUAGGUCUAUCGGCUAGAAAAUGAAUAUACUAGAUCAUCAACAUGAAGACGUGACAAAAACCAAGCGUCUUAAGCCUCUUACUGUUCUAAAAAGUGUUGGGCCUAAGCUGGUACCAUUUUUCAAGACCGUCUCCAUCUUCUUCGUCCUGUUUGGACAGGAAGAAAGAUGUUCCAUCUUCUUCUGCAUUGUCAAGUGUCUGCCAGUAGUCUCGCUGAUCGUAUUCGUCCUGCUCCACGGCAUGAGCUUGGACGAGUGCUACAGAUAUUCCAGAAGGAUCCUUAUCGGGCUUGUCUUCUCCGUCAUUGGAGAUGCCUUCUUAGUCUGGAAGCUGUACUACAAGAACCUGGAGCUUGGCCUUCUUAGCUUUGCGAUUGCGCAGUGUAUGUAUGCCCGAGCUUUUGGCUGGCGUCCUUUGAAACCCUACGCAGGAUCCGCGUUCCUGGUUGCGGGGUUGUGUGUGUAUACUUACCUCCAGUCGUACCUGCGAGGCGUGAUGGUGUACCUUGCCCCGUUUUACAUCACCCUGAUAUGUACCAUGUCAUGGCGUUCCGUGGCACGAGUCCAUUUCUACGAUGACCUCUGGACCUGGACCAAGCUCUGUGGCUGCGCCGGUGCCCUGUGCUUCCUCAUCUCAGAUUUGGUCAUUGCCGUCAACAUGUUCGCCUUCCCCGUGCCGUUUGCGCACCAGAUCGUCAUGUUGACGUACUACGCUGCGCAAUUUGGGAUCUCUCUGUCUGUAGUGGACAGCCAGGCUGAUGAGCUGAUUCGGAUUCAGAAAAAACAAUGAAUGUCAAGGACUUCAUUGUUUUUGUUUUUGUUUCCAUCUACAGUUGAAAAGUUACAAUGAAUGUCAAGGACUUUGUUGUUUUUGUUUCCAUCUACAGUUGAAAAGUUACAAUGAAUGUCAAGGACUUCAUUGUUUUUGUUUUUGUUUCCAUCUACAGUUGAAAAGUUGCAAUGAAUGUCAAGGACUUCGUUGUUUUUGUUUCCAUCUACAGUUGAAAAGUUACAAUGAAUGUCAAGGACUUCAUUGUUUUUGUUUUUGUUUCCAUCUACAGUUAAAAAGUUGCAAUGAAUGUCAAGGACUUCGUUGUUUUUGUUUCCAUCUGCAGUUGAAAAGUUACAAUGAAUGUCAAGGACUUUGUUGUUUUUGUUUCCAUUUACAGUUGAAAAGUUACAAUGAAUGUCAAGGACUUCGUUGUUUUUGUUUCCAUCUGCAGUUGAAAAGUUACAAUGAAUGUCAAGGACUUUGUUGUUUUUGUUUCCAUCUGCAGUUGAAAAGUUACAAUGAAUGUCAAGGACUUUUUUGUUUCCGUCUACAGUUGAAAAGUUACAAUGAAUGUCAAGGACUUUUUUGUUUCCGUCUGCAGUUGAAAAGUUACCAGAGAAUUUAUUGUUUAUAAAUAACUUAAAAGCCGUUACUUUGGGUAUUGAUAUCAUUUUCUUUAAUAAUUAACAUGACAUGUAUAGAUAAUGUAAAUAAUAUCAUCGUUUUUUCUUAAAGUUCUUCUAUUAUGUUAAUCUUAACCUGGCUUUUGUUUGAAGAUUAUUGAAUGUUUUUGGGGAUCAUCAAUAAAUGACGUCACACAGUUUUUGCAGGAUUAUCCUCCAUCCCUACUCUUUACUAAACCAUCAUCCCAAAAAACCAGAUGCCCCUCCCCAACAUCUCCUUUAAAAUAAUUCUAACGAAAAUUGUCAUGUUUUUCAAAAUUUUUACUUCUACGAAAUCCAAAAUAUUAGCUUCAUCACAUUUUUCAAACUGCCCCUCCCCUUCCCCCACCAAUGUUGCCUCUAAGGGGGAAAAGCUAUUGUGCAAAAUGUAUUUUCUAUAAGUCUUAUACAAGGAUAUAUUUAUUUUACAAAAUCACUGCGCGGCUGCUUAAAACUACUGCGAGGCAGCUCAAAACUACUGCAAGGCAGAGCAACCGCGCAGCUUAGAGGGAACAUUGUCCCCCACUCAUAGCCCAGUUUCAUAGAUUCUUUAUCCUACUAGAUGGAGGUUGGUGAUGUCAUAUAUUGAUGACCUCUUUAUCCCAAUACUACUUUAUAAUUAAAGUUUGUUCAAUGAUUGGUUUUUUUUUCUGAUUCGGUAAUGUUCCAAACAAUGCAUGUGAUGGAACUUGGUUAAGGUUUAUCGUUAAGUUAAUUGGCUUACUUCAUUUACUAAUAUUUCACUUUGCUGGCUAUCUGCAAUUUCUGCAGCACUUCCUGUUUUGAUUGUGAUUGGUGAUUACCAACUUCCUGUUUCACUCUCAUGUAAGAUGAAGAGUUAUCUGGUUAAUCAAAAGUUGUUGGUUUAAAGUGGCAUUCAUUACUCUUGAUUUUUUUUUUUUUUUACAUCUUUUUGUGUGAAAAAAAUGUAGUUGAGGGCAUUUGAAAUAAAUGUAUGUUAGGUAUUUACAUCAGAUGUGUAGGCUACAUCAGAUGUGUAGGCUACAUCAGAUGUGUAGGCUACAUCAGAUGUGUAGGCUACAUCAGAUGUGUAGGCUACAUCAGAUGUGUAGGCUACAUCAGAUGUGUAGGCUACAUCAGAUGUGUCAGCUAUAUCAAGUGUGUGCAAGAGUUGUGUACAUCUGUUGUGUACAUCAGAAGUAUAUGCCAUGUGUAUUAUAAGACAGAUGUCAGAUGUGUCAGCCUUUGUUGGGCAUCUGUGUCAAGCUUCUAUGUCAGUUCUUUACAUCUGGUGUGUACAUCAGAUACAUAUGCCAGGUGUGUCAGACGCCCAUGUCAAGCGUCCAUGUACUGUGUGCACAUCUAGUGUGUACAACAGGAGUGUAUGCCAGGUGUAUGUAUGUCAGAUGUGUUGGACGUCAUCAGAUGUGUGUCAGUGGUCUAUGUCAAUUACUAUGUCAUUUGUGUACAUCUAGUGUGUACAACAGGAGUGUAUGCCAGGUGUAUGUAUGUCAGAUGUGUUGGAGGUCAUCAGAUGUGUGUCAGUGGUCUAUGUCAAUUACUAUGUCAUUUGUGUACAUCUAGUGUGUACAACAGGAGUGUAUGCCAGGUGUAUGUAUCUCAGAUGUGUUGGACGUCAUCAGAUGUGUCAGGGGUCUAUGUCAAUUUGUAUGUCAUGUGUGUAUAUCUGGUGUGUAAAUGUGAGGUUUGUACUCAAGGGGACCUAAUCCACAUGACCUGCCAGUGGUAUUUAACAAUACUUCAAAAAUGUACACAGUAAACAAGAAUUUUUCUAGAAAAAAAACUCAUGUUCUACUCAAAUCAGCAUUUAUCUGUAUAUAUUAAGCUCAGUCUUUUCCCCACAACAUUUUCAAGUUACAUACUUUUAUUUGAAUAACUCAGCAUUUAUUAAUAAGAAGUUAUAAAAACGUUUGUUUGACAUGCUAUUGGAACUUUGUAGUUUCUAUGGUGUUGAAUUGUAUAAUCAAAAUAAAUUUGUCUCACCAUUCUUUGCCAAAUCAA